AUUCCAAGCCACAUAUAUAAACUAAGAUCAUUAAUCAUUAUCAUCAACCAUCCACUUCAACUGCAAGAUACAUUUCUGAAACACACACACCAAAACAUUCCAUUCCAUUCCAGUUCACAAUGCCAGAGGUUUACACUGUGAAGGUUGAGGAGGGAAAUCCUGCAACUGAUGGAAAGCCUUCAGUAGGCCCUGUCUAUAGGAGCAUUUUUGCCAAAGAUGGUCUCUUGGAGUUGCCUUCUAAUUUUGAGUCUCCUUGGGAUUUCUUCAGGGACUCUGCUAAGAGGAACCCCAACAACCCAAUGCUGGGUAGGCGUCAAAAAACGGAUUCUAAGGUGGGUCCCUAUGCAUGGCUCACGUAUCAAGAGGUUUAUGCCGCUGCCAUGAAAACGGGUUCUGCCAUGAGGAGCCGUGGUGUCAAUCCUGGAGAUCGUUGUGGCAUAUAUGGGUCCAAUUGCCCUGAAUGGAUUAUUGCAAUGGAGGCUUGCAAUAGCUGUUCAGUAACAUAUGUUCCACUAUAUGACACUCUUGGUCCAAACGCAGUGGAGUAUAUCAUAAAUCAUGCUGAAAUUUCAAUUGCAUUUGCACAGGAGAAAAAGAUUCCAUCAAUUCUGUCAUGUCUUGAUCGGUGUUCUUCAAAUCUUAAAACUAUUGUGAGCUUUGGAAAUGUUUCAUCCACACAAAAGAAGGAAGCUGAGGAGCUUGGCACAUCUUGCUUCUCAUGGGGAGAGUUUCUCCAGUUGGGAAAUCUAGAUUGGGAUGUACCAUCAAAAAAGAAGACUGACAUUUGCACAAUAAUGUACACAAGUGGAACAACUGGGGAACCCAAAGGUGUUAUUAUUAAGAACGAGGCUUUCAUGGCUGAAGUGUUAUCUAUUGACCACAUUCUUAUGUUAACAGACAGAGUGGCAGCGGAAGACGAUGUGUACUUCUCCUUUCUUCCCCUUGCUCAUGUAUAUGACCAGAUAAUGGAAACCUAUUGCAUCUACAAGGGCUCCUCAAUAGGAUUUUGGCAAGGCGAUGUUAGGUUCUUGUUGGAAGAUGUUCAGGCAUUGAAACCAACUAUAUUUUGCGGUGUUCCUAGAGUUUUUGACCGUAUUUAUGCUGGUAUAAAAAGCAAAGUUUCUUCUGGAGGAGCAUUGAAGAAUGCAUUGUUCGAGUGUGCAUACAACUACAAGUUAAGAAAUCUGGAGAAGGGUCUUCCACAGCACAAGGCAGCACCUCUGUUUGAUAGGCUUGUGUUUGAUAAGACAAAACAAGCACUAGGUGGACGUGUUCGCAUCCUGUUAUCAGGAGCUGCUCCUUUGCCUAGGCAUGUGGAGGAGUUUAUGAGGGUCACUAGCGGAUCUACAUUAUCACAAGGAUAUGGUCUUACUGAAAGUUGUGCAGGAUGUUUCACAGCAAUAGGUGAUGUGUAUUCUAUGACUGAAACAGUUGGAGUCCCCAUGACAACCAUUGAGGCCAGGCUUGAAUCUGUGCCAGAGAUGGAAUAUGAUGCCCUUUCCAAUGUGCCGCGCGGAGAAAUUUGUCUAAGAGGAAAUACCUUGUUCUCUGGUUAUCACAAGCAUGAAGAUGUUACUAAAGAGGUUUUGGUUGAUGGUUGGUUUCAUACAGGUGAUAUUGGAGAAUGGCAACCAAAUGGAGCCAUGAAAAUUAUUGACAGGAAAAAGAAUAUCUUUAAACUGUCUCAAGGAGAAUAUAUUGCUGUGGAGAAUAUUGAAAACAAGUAUUUGCAAUGCCCUCUUAUAACAUCGAUUUGGGUGUAUGGAAACAGCUUUGAGUCAUUCUUGGUGGCUGUGGUGGUUCCUGAAAGAAAGGCACUCGAGGAUUGGGCACUAGAGCACAAUUUGACUGAUGAUUUUAAAUCUUUAUGUGAUAAUCUAAAGGCAAGAAAGUACAUUUUGGAUGAGCUCAACAGCACUGGUCAAAAACACCAACUUAGAGGGUUUGAGCUGCUAAAAGCUGUUUAUCUGGAACCUAUUCCAUUUGACAUGGAGAGAGAUCUAAUAACUCCAACAUUCAAAUUGAAGAGACCACAAUUGCUCAAGUACUACAAGGAUCAUAUUGAUCAAAUGUAUAAGGAAGCAAAGGGAACAAUGGUGUGAACCGUGUGACAAGUACCCAAGCCAUUUGCAAUAAAUACUGAUUUCUGGCAGUUGCGAGACAAAAUCCAUAUGGUUUUCUGUACAUUCUGGCUCAUUGUUGUAUUAACUAGUGUGAAAAGCUAUAAACAUAGAUAGAAUUAGUAGUAUGUUGAAACAGCUACUCCGCAUGUCAUUCUUGUCAAAAGUCAAUGCAUUCGAUAUGU